AUGGAAUCAGACGGUAUUACGAAGUCGGAAAAGACGGCUCCUCAAGCAGAGUCGAUCGAGCUCGCAGAGUCGCAGCCAUGGGACCAACACUCCACAAAAAAGCUCCUCAGGAAGCUUGAUUGGCACAUCAUCCCGUUCAUGUCGCUGAUCUAUCUAUUAUGCUUCUUAGAUCGGACAAAUAUCGGAAACGCCCGUCUCGACCACUUGGAGCAAGAUCUCAAGUUGACCGGCAUUCAAUACAAUGACUGCCUUGCCGUUCUGUUCCCCUUCUACAUCGCCGCCGAAAUCCCCAGCAACAUGAUGAUGAAACGCCUGCGGCCUUCCAUCUGGUUAACUUUCAUCAUGGUGUGCUGGUCGGCAGCAAUGAUAGGACAGGGCUUUGUCAAGGGCUACUCAGGGCUUAUGGCGACGAGAGUCAUUCUGGUUAACUACUACAUCACGCAAUGGUAUUGUCGACAUGAAUGCGGUCUAAGGAUGGCCGUUUUCUUUUCUGCUGCCACGCUUGCUGGGGCUUUCGGCGGUAUUCUUGCACGAGGAAUCGCCGAGAUGCACGGCGUCGGAGGUCUUUCUGCUUGGGCCUGGAUCUUCAUUCUCGAAGGCAUUCUCAGCAUUUUGGUCUCAUUCACCGCUUACUGGGCUAUUUACGACUAUCCUGGAACUGCUCGAUUUCUCAACGAAAAAGAACGCACUGAAGUCCAGAGACGGCUCCAGGAAGACUCGGGCUACCUAUCAAACGAGUUUAACGUCAAGUAUGUGUGGCAGGGUAUCAAAGACUGGAAGAUCUACAUCCACAUGCUCAUUUGCAUGGCGGGAUUCUGCCCCAUUUACUCCAUCGCUCUCUUCUUGCCGACCAUCAUCAAGAACAUGGGCUACACGUCGAACAAUGCCCAGCUGAUGUCUGUGCCGCCCUACGUCUGCGCAUGCUUUUUCACAAUUAUUGCCAGCUGGUACGCAGAUAGGAUCAGGCAACGUGGUAUCUUCCUGCUGGGGUUCCAACUCGUCGGCAUUUUGGGGUUUGCGUUAUUGGUUGGCACCAGCAAAGCUUCGUCGCAAUAUGCCGGGACAGUCUUCGCUGCGGUCGGAAUUUACCCACAGAUUCCUCUCGGAAUGGCGUGGAACAGCAGUAAUAUCGGCGGCAGCUUGAAGAGAGGAACAGGGAUUGCCAUGCAAGUUAUGGGAGGCAAUUGUGGAGGCAUCAUCGCCUCCUAUGUUUACCUCUCCCGUGACGGCCCACGUUACACUACCGGGCACAGCAUUCUCAUCGGGUUCAUUGGCAUGGCCUUUUGUCUGACGUUGUUCAUGACUACGUGGUGCAGGAGAGAGAAUGCCCGUCGCGACAAAGUGGCCCAAGAAGCCGGAGUUCAGGAGUUGACUGAAGAGCAAAAGGCUUUGGAAGCAGAGCUAGCGGAUAACGUGCCAUGGUUCAGAUACACUAUCUGA